CCUCUUCCUGCCGCCACCCACCAUCCCCGCCGGCAGCAGCCUGCGAAGAUCCAUGUAAAAUCGCCGACGCCGCCGCUUCCCGGAUUUGCAUAUCGCUGCCGUCUGCCGCUGCCGGUUCCCCCAUUAGAAUCGGGCGAGGUCAAAUCCGAGGGUUCAUCAUGGCCCCAUCAGAUUGCGAAAUACUCCCAACAAGAGACAGUCGCAUCUUCCAUUUCCGGGUAAGACUCUCGUCGCCAGAGGAUACUAGUGAUGUAAACGCGAGCACCGUCGUUGCUGGAUGCAAAUGCAAAGCUGUUUACCUACAGUCGAGCCCCAAAAUCAUAGUCCUCAUCACAGUGCGGCGUAACCCCGAUCUGGAGGGCGAUCCCAAGGUGUCUACACACAUGGUUUUACUCGACAAGACCGGCUCACCAGCGCCUUCCAUGGGGAUGGGGACGGCGACGAACAUAGGCAGCUCUAUCCCUGGCUUAAUUGGAGGUUGCAUUCUGAUAGCAAGGAGAGAUGAAGUAGAGGUGAACUGUGUGGUCGACAACUACUUUGUGGUGUUGUGCUCUGUGGACAUCAACUGGACACCUCCAACUUCAUCGCUGAAGCAGGAGCUCCCGAGUUUGGGUCAUGAUCUUGCCAUGAUGUGGGAUAAACAAGAUCUCACCGAUGUUUCCUUUCAUGUUGGCGGGGAGAGCUUCAGCGCACAUCGUCUCGUGCUCGCUACCCGAUCGCCAGUCUUCAGAGCAGAGCUCUAUGGUGUGAUGGCUGAGAGCAAGAUGUCAUCUAUCACCAUCCAUGACAUGGAGGCCUCAACCUUCAGAUCAAUGCUCCAUUACAUAUAUCAUAGUUCGCUGCCUGAUGCUGGCAAGGUGGAUAUUUCUUCCCCCAUGGCACAGUACCAGCAUCUGCUUGUAGCCGCUGAUAGGUAUGGGGUGGAGGGGCUAAAGAAGAUCUGUGAGGACAAACUAUGUUGCAAUGGUAUCACGACGGACACUGUGGUUUCAAUGUUGGAACUUGCGGAGGCCCAUGUCUGCCCCAAACUCAAAGCUAGGUGCUUUGAUUUCCUCACCGAUGGUGACAAUUUCAAGAUGGUCGCGACGUCAAGUGAGUACCUCCAUUUGAUGCAGAACUUUCCGACUCUCUUGGUUGAAGCGCGGAAUAGGUUCAAGAUAGCGCAUGGAAAACCGACCAUCGUUGAACCUGGUUCACACAAGAAAGCUAGAGUAAACUAGAGUAUAUUAGGCAUGAUAAUGGAAUGGUGAUACAAAAAUGUUUGGUUAUUCCAAGCCUGUUAUAUUGGCAUUCCCUUCGUCGGCUAUCCUUUGUGCUUAGUACUAUUUUGCAGUAGAGUACUCCUAACGUAGCGAUCAUGGCUUCAGGUUACCGUUCGAUUUCUAGAGAAGACAUGCCAACAACUGUAUCCCAGCUGUAUGCUGUUCUUAUGCGCCCGUUUAUAUCUAGCCUUUUAGUUUCAGCAACAGUGGCAAGUUGAA